UGCCAGGGAGAGACCAGGCAGGACGCCCCCCGCCCAGGCCUCUGCAGGGGUGGCGACAGGAGCGCCAGGUCCCCCGUGCUCGGCCAGGGAGAGGACCCCAUGCAGGACGCACGGGGCGCACAGGGCGCCCGCCCCGGCAGCCCCGGGCAGGCGGCCGACAGGUGGGGGCCGGGCCUGUGCCGGGGCGAGAUCCAGUUUGGAGGGUGCGGGAAGAACCGAGGCAGGUUCGUGAAGGUGCAGAGCGACGUGGCCCCCGCUGUGCUCUUCAACCUGCUGAGGGCCGAGUGGCACCUGCCGGCCCCCAACCUCGUGGUGUCCCUGGUGGGCACGGAGCGGCCCCUCGCCAUGAGGCCGCGGCUGCGGGACGUCCUGCGCAAGGGGCUGGUGACGGCCGCGCAGAGCACCGGCGCCUGGAUCCUGACCAGCGCGCUCCGGACCGGCCUCGCCCGCUACGUGGGGCAGGCCGUGCGCGACCACGCGCUGGCCAGCACGUCCGCCAAGGCCCGCGUGGUGGCCAUUGGCCUCGCCUCCCUGGGCCGCGUGCUGCACCGCCAGCUUCUGGACGACGCCCCGGAGGGCAGCCCCGUCCACUACCCCACGGACGACAGCGGCGGCCGGGGCCCCCUCUGCGCCCUGGACAACAACCACUCGCACUUCGUCCUGGUGGAGCCGGACGCCCCCGGGGACGGGGACGGGCCGACCGCGCUGUGGCUGCGGCUGGAGAAGCACAUCUCGGAGCAGAGGACCGGCUACGGGGGCACCGGCAGCAUCGAGAUCCCCGUCCUGUGUCUGCUGGUCAAUGGGGACCCCGGCGCCCUGGAGAGGAUCUCCAGGGCCCUGGCGCUCGCCACCCCGUGGCUGAUCCUGGCUGGCUCGGGGGGCGUGGCGGACGUGCUAGCCGCCCUGCUGGGCCACCCGAGGCCCCUGCCGCCCCAGGCCGUGGAGCGGCAGCUCAGAGAGAAGUUCCCCAGCGAGCACUUCCCCUGGGAGGACGUGCUGCACUGGACAGAGCUGCUGCAGAGCAUCACCGCCCACCCUCACCUGCUGACCGUGCACGACUUCGAGCAGGAGGGCUCCGGGGAGCUGGACACCGUCAUCCUCAAGGCGCUGGUGAAAGCCUGCAAGAGCCACAGCCAGGAGCCCCAGGACUACCUGGACGAGCUCAAGCUGGCGGUGGCCUGGGACCACGUGGAUAUCGCCAAGAGCGAGAUCUUCAACGGGGACGUGGAGUGGAAGUCCCGCGACCUGGAGGAGGUGAUGAUGGAUGCGCUGGUGAGCGACAAGCCGGAGUUCGUGAGCCUGUUCGUGGACCAGGGCGCCGACGUGGCCGACUUCCUGACCUACGGGCGGCUGCAGCAGCUGUACCGGGCCGUGCCGCCCAAGAGCCUGCUCUUCACGCUGCUGCAGCGCAAGCUGGAGGAGGGCCGCCCCGCGCCGCCCGCCCGGGGGCCGCCGCCCGCGGGGCCGCCCGCCUUCUCGCUGCACGAGGUGUCCCGCGUGCUCAAGGACCUGCUGCACGACGCCUGCCGCGGGCUCUACCAGGUGAGCGGGGCGCGGGGGGGCCGGCCCGGGGGCCGCGGCGGCGGGGAGAGGGGCCCGGCCCGGCGGCCCGCCGGCCAGAAGUGGCUGCCGGACCUGACCCGGAAGAGCGAGGACCCGUGGCGGGACCUGUUCCUGUGGGCCGUGCUGCAGGGCCGCCACCAGAUGGCCGCCUACUUCUGGGCCAUGGGCCAGGAGGGCGUGGCCACCGCCCUGGUCGCCUGCAAGAUCCUCAGGGAGAUGUCCCACCUGGAGACGGAGGCCAAGGUGGACCUCACGGCCCGCCGGGCGGCGUAUGAGCAGCUGGCCCUGGGCCUCUUCUCCGAGUGCUACAGCAACAGCGAGGACCGCGCCUUCGCCCUGCUGGUGCGCCGCAGCCCCGCCUGGGGCCGGGCCACCUGCCUGCACCUGGCCGCCGAGGCUGACACCAAGGCCUUCUUCGCCCACGAAGGGGUGCAGGCCUUCCUGACCAAGAUCUGGUGGGGGGACAUGGCUGCCGGCACAUCCAUCCUACGGCUGCUGGGGGCCUUCCUCUGCCCCCCACUCCUCUACACCGACCUCAUCACCUUCAGUGAGGAGGCCCCGCUGCAGGGUGGCCAGGAGGACCUGCAGGAGCUGGACAGCCUGGACUCGGAGCGGAGCCUGCUCUGCAGGCCGGGCGGCAGGGCGGAGCCGCCGGCCGCGGCGCGGAGGAGCCGGGGCGGGCGCGGGCCCCGGGCGGCCUUCCUGCUGGCGCGCUGGCGGCGGUUCUGGAGCGCUCCGGUGACCGUGUUCCUGGGGAACGUGCUCAUGUACUUCGCCUUCCUCUUCCUGUUCGCCUACGUCCUGCUGGUGGGCUUCCGGCCGCCGCCCCAGGGGCCCUCGGCGCCCGAGGUCGCCCUGUACUUCUGGGUCUUCACCCUGGUGCUGGAGGAGGUCCGGCAGGGCUUCUUCACGGACGAGGACACGCACCUGAGGAAGAAGUUCGCGCUCUACGUGGAGGACAACUGGAACAAGUGUGACAUGGCGGCCAUCUUCCUGUUCAUCGUGGGCGUCGUCUGCAGGAUGCUGCCCGCGGUGUUCGAGGCCGGCCGCGCGGUCCUGGCCGUGGACUUCAUGGUGUUCACGCUCCGCCUCAUCCACAUCUUUGCUGUGCACAAGCAGCUGGGCCCCAAGAUCAUCAUUGUGGAGCGGAUGAUGAAGGACGUCUUCUUCUUCCUCUUCUUCCUGAGCGUGUGGCUGGUGGCCUACGGCGUGGCGACCCAGGCACUGCUGCACCCGCACGACAGCCGCCUGGACUGGCUGUUCCGCCGCGUGCUCUACCGGCCCUACCUGCAGAUCUUCGGGCAGAUCCCGCUGGACGAGCUCGACGAGGCCCGUGUGAACUGCUCGGCGCACCCGCUGAUGCUGGGCGACUCGCCGUCCUGCCCCAACCUCUACGCCAACUGGCUGGUCAUCCUCCUGCUGGUCACCUUCCUGCUGGUCACCAACGUGCUGCUCAUGAACCUGCUCAUCGCCAUGUUCAGCUACACGUUCCAGAUGGUGCAGGGCAACGCGGACACCUUCUGGCGGUUCCAGCGCUUCCACCUCAUCGCAGAGUACCAGGAGCGCCCCGCCCUGGCCCCGCCCUUCAUCCUGCUCAGCCACCUGAGCCAGGUGCUCCGGAGGGUCUUCCGGAAGGAGGCCAGGCGGAGGCGGGCGCGCCUGGAGAGAGACCUGCCGGAGCCCCUGGAGCAGAAGAUGGUCACCUGGGAGGCGGUGCAGAAGGAGAGCUACCUGAGCAAGCGGGAGAAGCAGAAGAGGGACGGCGAGGGGGAGGUGCUGCGGAGGACCGCCCACAGGGUGGACGUCAUAGCCCAGCACCUCGGGGGGCUGCGAGAGCAAGAGAGGCGCAUCCGGGGCCUGGAGUCACAGGUGGAUCACUGCGCGGCGCUCCUGUCCUCCCUGGCGGACCGGCUGGCCCCGGGCACCGCCCUCCGCAAUGCCCGGAACUCUGGCACCAGGAAUCCGCAGGCCCCUGCAGAGCACGGAGCGGGCCCAGGGAGCAGGGAACCCCCACAGGCGGGCCCCCUGGCCUCGGACACCUGAGACGCUGGACUGUGGGCACUCAGCGUCCCUUCUCCCAGAGCCUGCAGCGCGGCCCCCGGGCCCUGACCAGGGCGGGCAGGGGACCAUGGCCCUUGGCUGGUCACCCCAGAGCCGACCACCACCACUGCCCCCU